AAGAUGGCGGCGCCGCGGGACAGCUCCGUGGCCUUGCGUGGAGGCGAGGGAUAAAAAUCUACGGAGAUGGUACUGUAUUCCAUGACUCAGACACAAUGUCCUCCAUGGCAAGGAAGUUGCAGGAGCUGGAGGAGCAGGUGAAGGCCCAGUCUGUUGAGAUGCUGUCCAAGGAUAAGAAGAUACUGGACCUGGAGGACUUGGUGCAGAACCUUCAGCAAAACCAAUGUGAGGUGGCCCUGCAGCGGCAGGAGGAGCUGGAGACGAUGUGUGCGCAGCUACGACGACAGGUCUGCGAGAUGGAGCGGUUCCUCAAUGACUACGGCCUGCAGUGGGUGGGCGAGCCCACGGACCAGGAGGACUCAGAGGACAAGGCAGUCUCCGAGGAGAGUGGGAAGGACUGGAUGACAGCCAAGAAGUUCUGGAAGCCAGGAGAUUCAGUGGUGCCCCCAGAGGUGGACUUUGACAGACUGCUGGCCAGCCUGAAGGACCUCAGUGAGCUGGUGGCAGAGGGUGAGACCCAGGUGACGCCAGUGCCAGGCGGGGCCCGGCUCCGGACCCUGGAGCCCAUCCCCCUGAAGCUCUACCGGAAUGGCAUAAUCAUGUUCGAUGGGCCCUUCCAGCCUUUCUACGAUCCCGCCACGCAGCGCUGCCUCCGAGACAUCUUGGAUGGCUUCUUCCCCUCAGAGCUCCAGAGACUGUAUCCUGACGGAGUCCCCUUUAAGGUGAUUGACCUUCGCAAUCAGUUCUACCCGGAGGAUGGGCUGGACCCUUUCCCAGGCGAGGGCCGUGUGGUGGGCCGGCAGAGGAUAUGCAAGGCCUCGAGCAGGUUGGAUAGCUCAGGCUCUAAGAUGACUGCUGAGAAGUUUCUGAACAAGCUCCCCAAGGUCGUGAUCCGGCAAGGCAGGGUGGUUGACCUCCGAGGCCCCAUCCGGGACACCCUGCAGAACUGCUGCCCUUUGCCCAUCCGGAUCCAGGAGAUCAUAGUGGAUACGCCUGCUUUGGCUGCAGAGCGUGAGAGGAGCCAGGAGGCACCUGAGACCCCAGCGCCACCACUCUCCAUGCUGCGAAUCAAGUCUGAGAACUGCGAGCAGGCAUUCCUGCUGAUGAUGUGGCCUAAGGACACUGUGGGUGAUGUGCGUGCCCUGCUGGCGAAGGCCAGGGCCAUGGACCCCACCACCUUUGAGAUCUUCAGCACGUUCCCACCCAUGGUCUACAAUGAUGAUGCACUCACGCUGCAGGCAGCAGGCCUGGUGCCCAACGCGACACUGCUGCUACGCGCCCGCCGGGCCCCACCGCCCAUUCCCAAGACCCGCCAGGGUUUUGAUCCAGACCCUGGCCCCAGCCACAAAUAA